AUGCGAUUCCAAGCCGUGACCACCAUCGGUCUGGUCACUUCAUUUCUCUCAUUCUCAGCAGCCACAGACCGUGUUUUGAGAGAUGGUUCGCCAGAUUCUGUCGGUCUUCUCCCGGAGCCCCUUAGACAGAUGCAGAUGAAUCUGAGCCAGUACACUCGCCCAGCAAACUAUGGAUCCCACUCGUACGACGAAGUACAUCCCAUUCUACCAGGGGGCUCAGUUAUAGUCGGCCACAAAGCAACAGUCGUGAGCUCAUUCGCGUUCGGCAAUGCCAGUUUAUAUGCUGACGCCAAUGGCACGCUUCUUCCACCCAGUGCGUGGGUCUCGACAAAAAUGGACACAAUCUACGACAUGGCUAGCCUAACGAAGAUAUUCACGGCCAUCACAGUAUUACGAGUCAUCGAUGAUGGGAAAUUGGAUCUACACAAACCAGUAGCGUCCUAUAUUCCUGAGUUCGCAACAAACGGCAAAGACAAUGUCACGGUUCUGAUGCUGCUCACUCAUACCAGCGGGUUUCCCCCCGACCCCGAGCCGGGCUUAUAUGAUCCGAGCUAUGAGAAUAUGCAGCAGCGCAUCGAAGCAAUUAUCCUGCAUAAGCUGGUCAAUCCUCCUGGGUCGACGUAUACCUACUCAGACCUCAAUUUUAUGAACCUGCGCUUCAUGUUAGAGAAAAUCACUGGAACGCCCUUUGAAGAUCUCGUGCAUUCUUGGACCCGAAGUUUGGGAAUGACCUGUACCUUCUUCAAUAAGGGUAAUAUUGGAGCUGAUUCGUUGGAGUAUUAUUCACGCAUGGCGCCGACUGAGUACCAAAUCGAAGUCCUUGGUUCCUCGGAGCCCAAACGUCCCCAGCCAGUGCGGGGUACUGUCCACGACGAGAAUGCCUGGGCUUUGGACGGAGUGAGUGGACAUGCGGGUCUUUUUGCCUCCGCGAGCGAUGUGUCUACCUUGUGCCAGAUGGUACUGAACAACGGGACCUAUAACGGCAAGAGAAUUCUGACUGCGAGAAGUGUCGACUUGAUGUUUACCAACUUCAAUGAGAAAUUCCCCGGCGAUGAACAUGGUGUUGGAUUUGAAUUGAACCAAUCCUACUUCUCUGGGCCUAUGGCUAAUAUCCAGGCUGGUGGCCAUACUGGGUUUACGGGGACUUCGCUUGUGGUUGAUAGAGCCUCGGAUACAUUUAUGGUCCUGCUGGCUCAUGCUGUGCACCCGAAUCGGACUUGGUCUAGUAAUAAUAUCGUUCGACAGGCGCUAGGCUACUGGGUGGCUCGCUCGCUUGGUCGGGAUGUUGCUUUCCCGCUCUGA